AUGGUCAUGAGCUCCUACCUGAUGGAGUCCAACUAUGUGGACCCAAAGUUCCCGCCGUGCGAGGAGUAUUACCCGCCCCCACGCUCCCCGGACUACUACGGCUCCCGCAGGCGCCAACAUUCGGACCCCAGCGUCCACCGGCCGGAUCCGCUGUACGCGCUUUGUCGGCCCGCCUCGGAGGUCUUCUCCCCGGUGACACCGAUCCCGCCCGCCCGCCGUGGCGGCACUCCACCGGACCCGGUGGUGUACCCGUGGAUGAGGAAAGCGCACGUGAACACGGUGAGUUCCAACUACGCGGGGGGAGGCGAGCCCAAGCGCUUGCGGACCGCUUACACGCGCCAGCAGGUUCUGGAGCUGGAGAAGGAGUUCCACUACAAUCGGUACCUGACGCGCAGGCGCAGGGUGGAGAUCGCGCACACGCUCUGCCUGUCAGAGCACCAGAUCAAAAUUUGGUUCCAGAACCGACGAAUGAAAUGGAAAAAGGAUCACAAGUUGCCCAACACCAAGGUCCAAUCCGGGAACCCCGCCACCGCCAUCCCAGCUUUAACUGCAGGCUCGUAG